AUGAAUUGGAAAAAGUUGUUUGAAAGAUUAUUUCGACAAAUUGGAUUCAAAAAUUACAAAACAUUCAAAAUCAGUAUAGCGGACACAACAGCGUUAAAAUAUCAUUGCGCCUUACAUGAAAUUGAACUGUCAACACCUACUGGUAAAAGUACAAUUAAGAAUAUGGCUAUCAUGGACUUUAUGACAUAUCACGUUAACACUAUUGGGCUUGAAGUGAACAGUUCAGAAAGUGCAAAUUCUGAGAUGGACUCAGGUUUGAGCCCGAAAUUCUCAGUAUUUUGUAUCGAACAACUGAAAGAAACAUUUCCAUGGACUCUUGAAAGACAUUACGUUGCUCAGUACUUCAAAGAAAGUCAACGAAAUGAGGUUUUCAAUAUGGUCGAUGAAAUCAAGAAGACUGUGAAUGAUUCAUUCGAAAAGCUGACAUGGUUGAAUGACGGAAUGAAGCGCUUCGUGAUUGACAAGAUUUCGAAGAUAAAAACCUUCGCUUUGUUUGAUGGUGUGGAAACAUACGAAGAGAAAGAAAAUCUAUCUACUAUAUAUCGACUACAGUAUCCGAUUGAUGAAAACACCUACAUUAUGAAUGAAUAUUAUGCACGCAGGGCAAAAGUCCUCGACGACUAUCGAAAGGAAGUAUUCGGUCUGGGAGAGAAGUAAGCUGUUAAUAUUUUUAGACACAUAAGUGUGGCUGGAACAUCUCCAUUAGGCCUAAUAAAUGAAGAAGUUUUCAGUGAAAGUCACUCAUUUUCAAGCUGUGCAUUCGCAUAUAUAAAUAUAAACAAAUAUAUUACAUUAUGAUAGCAAUAAGAGAGAGGAAUGUUUCCAAAGAUUUACCGUCUUGAUUGCAAAAUUUCUGACGAAAAUUGUGUUAUACACAAAGCAAUCAUUGAGUAGAAAUCUAAGCGAAAUUCGAUAGGUAAGCUGGGUGAUGCUUCAUAAUCG